AUGCCUGGUGUGCAGGCGCUUAAAAACUUGUUUUUCGGCAGUGGAUGCAGCGGGCGACAAUGGGAUGCUGAAGCAGCCGUGCUUUCUUCGCUAGUCCAUGAACGAGCACCUCCUGGACGCCAUGUCGAUUGUUUGGUUGACCAGCAGUGGUGGCGUGACCAUAUUGCAGCUGCAGACGACGAUGCAGCAGCUACCGCGUUUGACUUGUUUGCCACGGAUCCAGCUGGAUGUCAAGUCAAUCUGUAUGAGGUGUUGACGUGUGGUGCCAUGCUUUCUCCUCACUUGCGGCGAGAAGCAAAGGCAGCCAUACUGUGCUUGAUUUGGAGUGGUCGCGAAGAUGGCCGACUGGGGGUGUCUGCAGUAGUCGGCAUGCUGAGUUCGUUGCUGCAAGGCCUUCACCGACUGGGGGCACUGGUGCCAUCGCCGCCACCCUCCGAGGAUAUCGAAAACGACGUGUGCCGAUUAUUGUGGGUGCUGAGAAAGCACCAGCCAUGCCGGGGCGACGCAAUUGCUUACGAGGAGCUCCUUUUGCUUGCCGACUUAGAUGCAUGUUUCGCCUUGUUCCUCAAUACAUUCAGCAGCUCCCUGGGUGGUGACAGUGGCCAAGAGUCUGCUGAAGCUUUGCCGGUGCAGGCAAGAGGCAUCGGACGCUCCCAGCGAAGUACAGAAGCGGCUGUCGGGCGUGGUGGGCGCGGAAAGGGCCGUGCUCGGGGCAGGACGAAGCCCAGCAGAGGCAAAGAGAUCAGCUCCGGUGUCACUGCGGCGGCAAGAAGUCCUGCACCGGACUCCAAGAAGGUGUCAGCUACGACUGCUUCGGCGCUUAUGAGUCGCCGAGAGGUUCUGGCAGCUUUUGAGACUUUCAAAGCCAUUCGGGCCGAACAGGAGCGGCUACCACGCAGAAAGGGCGCAGACACUGCGGCGAUCAGAUCGCUUGACAAGAUCAAGCUUCCUCAAGUGCAGAUGGCAGUGAGGCGCUUGCUGUCGCGCGGGCAAGCACUUGAACUUCGAGAUUUUCUGCGCAUGCUGGCGCUGGCGAAGGCACCGGCGGCGUUUUGUGACGGGCACUUGCGGAUUUUCGAAGCUUGGAUCACUGAACGUGUUCAGUUCACCGAUUCGGAGCUCAUAAAAUAUCGGUUAGCUUGGGUCUCAGCUGUGUCGCUAGCAGGUGCAUUGGGAUCGAACAGUGGCUCGGAAGCUGGACGCAGGCGCUUGCAGGCGCUGAUGAGGCGCGCAUGGGCUCCCAGCACCCAGGCGUGGCUGCAGCGUCAGCGUUGUGCCCUGACUGGGGACACAGAGAAGUCCUACCAAGCCGAUCACCGAGCAUCCCCUGCAGCCAGCCAGGGUCCCGGCCACCGCAGGUCCCAAGAGCAGCGUCCGCGGCCUUCGGCCAAGUUUGCAGCAGAGGUCCAAUCCAUGGCCAGGAGGCAUGCCUGCUUGGAGGGUGUGCUGCCGGGAGAGCUGGCAACAGCAGCGGCCAGAUGGGAUGGUGCUCACAUGGUCAGUGAGGGGGCCUUCUUGGAGCUUUUCGUGCCAGCGACCCCAGAGGAUUUCCACACUUUGGACUUCAUGCGUGCUUUCCGGCGUGCUUGGCUGUUUGUGACCGAGAAACAGGAUUCCGUUGGGUUUCCAUCGCCAGAAAGGGACAAGGACGGGAGUUGGCUGUUCGGAGACGGGGAGCUGGAGGGCGAGGUCCAUUUGCCUCUCGGCCGCUUGCCACUGCGGCCAAGCUCUGCGCCAGCUGCCACAGGGGCCUUGGUGGAUCCCUGCGCCGAGCCAGGCCCCGAGGUGUCUGGAAGCAUGGACCUUGAAGCGCGGCCUCCAGCAGAGAGCCAGAAGAGCUCCAAGGAGGCGCUGCAAGAUGCUCAGCUGCUACAUUCGGCGCCUGUGCAGGUCGGAAUUCCAGGCAUGCUCAACUUGCCGAAGCCAGCAGUGCCGGAUGACAGUGAAGACAUCUCGGAUCAGUGUGGGGCUGUUCUGCAGGCUGAAGAUCAGUCUCCAGGCAGCCAAAGCGACACGGGACCUCCGGACGAGGAGGGCUUUGAAGAAGGACAGCCUCCCCCUGGAAAGUUCCACAAGCUCGGAGAUGAAUCCUAG